AUGCCCUCGGUCAAAGCCUCGAAGCGCCCUCAAUUAAAAGUCACAAUCCAGCACCUAGGUUGGAACCAGGAUCUGCCACACUUGAAUUCGGACACCAUCUCACCAAACCAGUUCAAUGGGCAUGGGAAUUCCAGCGCCCACCACAAGCAUGCGUCCAACACCAGAUGUGCAGCUGGCGAUGGUACUUUGUCCAUAAAUCCACAGCAGCACAGCCAGAAAGAGCAAGACCCGGGAAACGAGAAGAACGUCGACGGCGAACCGGUCGCUGCUAGAGUCUCAGGGCGGGAGCCACCCCCAAGGGCCAGACAAUUACCUCGACUUUUUCUCCAAAACAUCCUAACAUCUUCAUAUGUUCAUUUGACUGGCAGCAUGGCCAAAUUUGCUCGCUUCGUGGGGCCUGGAUUUCUCAUCGCGGUCGCCUACAUCGAUCCGGGAAACUACUCCACAGACGUCUCUGCCGGAGCGGAUUUCAAGUACAGCUUGCUGUUCGUUGUUCUCAUAUCCAACCUCUUCGCUAUACUCCUGCAAUCCUUGUGCAUCAAACUAGAGGUGAUCGGAUCGGCGAUCGCCCUGAAUCUGCUUCUAAAUAUCCCUUUGGUGGCCGGAUGCGCCAUCACUUUGGUGGAUGUCCUCUUUCUGCUUCUCUUCUAUCGGCCCAACGGGUCGAUGCGGGGGUUGCGCUGGUUUGAGUUCUUUGUUAUGGCCCUCGUUCUGGGAGUCGUCAUAUGUUUCUGCAUCCAACUCUCCCUUAUCAAGAACCAGGCAGUCGGGGAAGUCUUCCGAGGCUACCUGCUAUCAACUGCUAUUAUCCAAUCAGAAGGUCUCUACCAGAGCUGUGGCAUUCUCGGCGCUACCGUUAUGCCGCAUUCCCUAUUCCUCGGAAGUGGGGUGGUCCAGUCUCGUCUGAAGGAAUUUGAUGUCACAGCAGGCUACGUGGAUGCCUCUAUUCAACUUGGAAGCAACGGCGGCGCGGUGGAGUACCGACUUUCUAUCCAUGCCAUCCGCGGUUGCAUGAAGUAUUCUGUCAUCGAGUUGGUCCUAGCAUUAUUUACCUUCGCGCUGUUUGUUCACAGCGCCAUAAUCAUUAUCGCAGGUGCUGCUCUGUACGACAUGCCUGGCAAAAAUGAAGCAGACCUUUUCGGAGUCCAAAGGCUACUCUCCCAGUCGGUCGCGCCCGCCGCUGGUCUGGUUCUUGCCCUGGCCUUGCUACUAUCGGGAAUAUCUGCGGUCAUUGUCUGCACUAUGGCGGGUCAGAUGGUGAAUGAGGGAAUGUUGAAAUGGAGUAUGCAGCCCUGGCUCCGAAGACUCAUUACUCGGUCUAUCAGCAUUGCUCCCAGUAUUAUUAUUGCCGCUGUCGUCGGGAAGGACGGAAUGGACCAGACCCUCAACGCCAGUCAGGUCGUCCUGAGUGCUAUCCUACCGUUCGUUUCCGCACCCCUGAUUUACUUCACAUGCUUCAACCGUUACAUGAAUGUCCCGGUGGAGGUCGGUAAUCGUGAGGGUGACGUCCAGGCGGAACGAGUCCCAAUGCGAAACAGCUUGGUGCUCUCAAUUACUGCUGUGCUCGUCUGGCUGCUCAUCGUUGUAAUGAAUGUGGUAUUGCUGGUUAUGGUUGGAAUGGGUAAAACUUAA